GUCUCAUCAAACGCAAAUAGCGUAGGUAUUUUUUUACUUUUCUAAAGUUUGCAACGCAAUUUCAGUUUGACGAAAAUAAAAUUAAGCAAAUAGACACUGAGAAUAAAAUUAUCAUAGAACCACAGCAUAGAACUUCGGACAAGAAUUUUUCCACAGUUCGGCCCAUACCAUUUUACUCACACUCCCUAGUCCCUACGAUUUACGGAUUCCUGUACACCUUUUGAACUAAAAAUCAAAUCAAAUGCAAUGCUGAUCAACAAUCACUGGUAAGGGAGACGGAGGGGCAAUCGCGAAGGGGUCGGCCGGCGGGGGCCGCGUACCAACUACCACACACAAGCUUAGUUUGUGGUACGGAGCGCGAAGGGCAGACACGGCCGUGUUAUUAUUAUUAUAUAAUAUUCUAAAAUGACGCGCACAAACUGUUCUGUGUAUGGAUGUAAAUCAUCAAAUACAUCGAAAUUCCAGAAGGACUUAAAGUUUCAUAGAUUUCCCCGCGACGAGAGACGCGAGUUAUGGAUAGAAGCUUGUCAACGACCGGAAUUGAAAAGUAAAACAGAUGAGCAAUUAUAUAACAUGCACGUAUGUGGUUUACACUUUGAAAGAUGGAUGUAUAUGAAAACAAAAUUAAAAAGCUCUGCUAUUCCCGUAGCAAACUUACCGUCUGCUUCACUACAUUCUAUGAGUACACAAACUGAGCCUAUAAAAAUAGAUAUUAUAGGAGUUUCAAACAGAGGUGUUCAACAAAGGAUCGACAUUGCUUUGGUAGGAAAAUCAGUUGUGGCAUCCACUAGUGCCCAAACAUCGCAGACUACAAGUAAAUUGACAGAUGAUACUCCAAGUUGUGCCAAGUGCCAAAAAGACGAAGUUAAGUCGAUGGACGUCACCUAUGAACAAUUCUUACUAGGAUGUGACAAGUUCUUAUCACCAAAUCUAAGUAAAAUUGUCAAAGCACAAGCCAAACAACCUGAUUAAAAUAUCAUUCUAGUAAUAACAGAUAUAAACUGUGGUGUAGGUAUCAGCCUGCGGCAUCAGCUUAUAUUCCUAAGGUCCUCUUAUUUUAGUUAUGUUUGUUUGUAUUGAACAUGAGCUCUAUUUUUAAGUCUUGUACCUAUAUUUCCAGUUUAGGGCCAAGACUAAAAAAUAGAGCUCAGUAUUGCUACAAUAUUGUGAGAGCGCAGUGUUGUUUGAAUAGCAAUACAGGUACAGUGUAUAAUUCGAUUUUUUACUUCUCUUUGUAAUAAACGGAAUUGAAAUCGUGUUGAAACAGAUCAAAUAAAAUUGUAUUAAUAAU